AUGAUUGGUGUUUUGACAAAUUCAAAUUCAGUUCGUAUACCAAUUGUUCAAACUGGAUGUUGUAAAGCAGAAUUUGAUUCAACAUAUCCAAUUCAUCUAAAUGGUAUAAUUAGUAAAGAUGAAUUUCGAAAAUCAGUUAAUAAAAUUAAUCAUCCAGAUUCUUCAAAUAAAAAUUUAAAAAUUCUCAUAGUGGCUUCUAUUUUGAGCAUGAUAAUUGGAUUUGUAUGUUGUGUCGUUGCCCCAGCAGCAAACACUAAUACACAGUUAGUGGCAUUAUUGGUUGCAGGCAACAUAUUGAUGGCAAUUGGAUCAAUAAUUCUUGGUUGUUUAGGUUGUACCAUACACUCGAGACGUGUAGCACGAUGGCGAUAA